CGCUACAUCGAUCGAAGUGUUAGGUGGUAUGUCACGAUAAUGCUUACGUUGCCUUACGAGGGCGCGCAUGGAUUUUGUUUUUUAUUUAUAGGGAGCGCGUUUUACUUCUACGAACCACACACUUCCAACUACUGUCAAAAAAAGAAAACUGAAGAAUGGCCCAAGUUCUAUAUUCCAGCAAAGAUGCGCUAUGGCCUGGACCGCCGCGUCUAACUAUAGCCGAAAAAGGCAUCAAGGAUAUUAAGGUUGAGGAAAUCCAGAUUGCUGCAGGACAAAACUUCUCUCCAGAAUACCUUGCUUUGAACGCUAACGGCACAGUGCCAGCGUUAAAGCACGAAAACUCGGAGAAAGUGCUCGAUGACUCAACGGACAUUUGUGAAUUUCUGAACAAGGAGUACGACGGCAUCGAUCUGUUACCAGCAGAGCACGCUGAAACUGUACAUCAGAUUAUUCAGGAAGCUCAUGCUGUUGAUGCCAACUUUUUGACAAUCACGCCAGCAAACGAGGCUGAGCUUCAGCAGAAGAAGGCGUUUGCAACAGGUUUUCUUGAAGCUCGCAUCCACAGCUUAAAAAAUUACCAGAAAAGCACAUUGGAGUACAAGGAAUAUUAUUUAGGCAGACUCCAGCAGAACGAAUUCCUCUUGGGAGCCUAUUCCCAUCCAGAAAAGGCAGGCCCUCUCUACGCGAAACAUCAAGUCGAGUGGCAAAACGCUGUUGAAUUCUUAAACAAACUUAACCAUAGACUGAAGGAGCAAGCAAGCAAGGAAUACCUAUUGGGCAACCAGUUUACUUUGGCAGAUAUCCAUGUUUUUCCGUUGCUUCAUCGCCUGAAGAUGGUGAAAGGGGACGCCGUGUUUGACGGAAGAUCUGAUUUGGCGGCUUAUUUUAAAUCCGUUUCUUCACGACCCAGUGUUCAGUCUGUUUUCCAAGCGUAGCUUUCUCUUGCCUUUUCAAGAGAAUUAAUAACUC